AUGACUUCACUCAAAGCCAUUGGCCUCUUGGCCCUGGCCGUGGGCAGCAUGGCCGGCCCUGUGCAGCGCCGCGCGGACGAGGACCCGGCCGCGUCGACCACCGAAACGGCCGUCGUGACAGCGCCCGCGGCGCCGUCCGUGGAGGUCGUGACGGUGACGAGCACGAUUGUCCGCACGCGCUGGACAUCGACGCAGAUUGUCGAGGCGACGCUCAACUGCACGGGGUACGUGUAUGCGACGGCGGCGGCCACGUCGCCCGCCGCGCCGCCUGUGGUCGUGACGACGUCGGCGUCGGCGGCCGCGCACAACAAGAACAAGCGCCAGGCGGCGUCGGGUCCGUCCUCGCCGCUGGUGACGCCGACACCGGUCGCACCCACGAGUGCGCCGGCCGUCCGCACGCGCACACGCACCGUCUACGCCGUGAAAACAGAGACGGCGGCUACGCCGUAUCUGCGCACACGCUACGGCUGCAGCACGACGCUGGCGUACGCCUUCACGGUGGACACGACGACGACCGUGGUGAUCCCCAAGACGGUGUAUGCGUCGACGGCGACGGCCGCGGCCCAGAUUACGUGCCCUGGUGUGGGCGGCUUCCCGUACGGCGUCGGCGGUGGGUUCGGCGGCGGGUUUGGCGGCGGAUUUGGUGGCGGAUUUGGCGGUGGAUUCGGUGGUGGUGCUGGUGCUCCGGCGCCUGCGCCUGCGCCUGCGCCUGCGCCGACUGCCGCCCCAAAGAAAGAGGACCUGGAGAUACUCCCAGCGCCCGAGACGGUGUACGUGCCCGCGGACAACUCGUCCUCUGCCGCCGCGCCGCCAGCGACAACGUCUGCGCCUGCGGCCGGUUCCGUGGUGGUCUCGACGACGACGGUCCACCUCACCAACACGGCCUACACCCAGGCGGUCGUCAGCGACACGGCCGUCGCGACGGUCACGUCGUACGCGUGCAUCCAGCUGCCGUUUGACGCCACAGUGACGCGCGCCGCGACCGUGACGUCGUGGUCGUCGACGACGACAGUCACCAGCCUCAUCAGCUGCGCGCAGCGGGCGGUGCCGGCGGGCCCGCCGGGCGCGAAGCCGACGGCGAGCACCCUGGCUGGACCGGCGGGUGCGCCGCACAAGCGGCAGGCCGCGGAAGCCCCCUCGAAGCCGGCCCCCACGUCGUCCGAGACAGCGACACCGGCUCCGGCCGCGCCGACAACACCAACGUACCACCGCACGACGUACGUCGUGUCGACGGCGACGGUCGUCCCGACGGGCGUGUCCACGCACGUGGUGUACAACUGCGCGCCGGCGAGCGAGACGACGGUGGCACCCGCGAAGCCGACGUCGGCGCCGGCGCCCGCAUCCGCUCCCGAGUCGGAAUCGUCGUAA